UGACAACUACAGCUACCCCAACAACUACAACUACUGCUGCCCCAACAAAUACAGCUGCACCAACAACCACAACCACAGCUGCAGCAACGUCAACACCUGACCCUCUUACCUAUGUCAUAUCAGCAACCUUGCAAAAUGAGAUCUUUACAGAUGAGUUGCUAAAUCGCACCAGCCCUCGAUUUCAAGCACUUUCACAAAUGGCUACAGGCCGUUGUAAUCAAAUAUAUCGAGCAAGAUUUGGUUCUGACUUCGACCAGUGCAUUGUGAGACAGUUCAGGGCUGCUCCAGCUCAACAAACACGAGUGGAUGGAACUGUGGUAGAGUUUUCAGUUGUGUUCAAUCGGUCUAUCCCCAAUUCAGCACUCCCAAUGAAUACUGCUGUUGCUCAAACCUUAGUUGAUGCUGCAAAUGAUUCAAACACCUUCAAUGUGACCUUUGGUGCCUCUUCAGUUGCAUUAGUAGCGGGUCCUGUUCCUGACCCUACAACUGCUGCAACAACAACAGCUGUAAAUACAAUUGCUUCAACAACAGCUGGAAUGACAACUGCUGCAACAACAACAGCUGUAACUCCAACUGCUGCAAUGACAAUUGCUGCAACUACAACAACCACAGCUGCCCCUACAACAACUACAGCUUCCCCAACAACAACUACAGCUGCUCCAACUACAACCACAGCUGCUCUGACAACAAUAACCACAGCUGCUCCAACAACAACGACAGCUGCCCCAAUAUCAUCGACUGCAGCUCCAACAACCACCGCUGCUCCAACUACAACCACAGCCGUCCAAACAACAACAACCACAGCUGCAGCAACCUCAACACCUGACCCUGUUACCUAUGUCAUUUCAGCAACCUUGCAAAAUGAGGUCUUUACAGAUGAGUUGCUAAAUCGCACGAGCCCUCGAUUCAGAGAGCUUUCAGGAAAAGUUACAGCUCGUUGUAAUCAAAUAUAUCGAGCAAGAUUUGGUUCAGACUUUGACCAGUGCAUUGUGAGACAAUUCAGGGCUGCUCCAGCUCAACAAACACGAGUGGAUGGAACUGUGGUAGAGUUUUCAGUUGUGUUCAAUCAGUCUGUCCCCAGUUCAGCACUCCCAAUGAAUACUGCUGUUGCUCAAACCUUAGUUGAUGCUGCAAAUGAUUCAAACACCUUCAAUGUGACCUUUGGCGCCUCUUCAGUUGCAUUAAUAUCGGGUCCUGUUCCUGCAACUACAACUGCUGCGACAACAGCUGUAACUACAAUUGUUACAACAACUGCUGCAAUGACAACUGCUGCAACAACAACAGCUGUAACUACAAUUGCAGGAACGACAAACAACACUUCCUUCAGAUCUUUUAAUCCAUGGAUCACUUUAAUGCUGCUUAUGUUAGCCUAUGUUACACUAAUUUAAUAAAUUAUUAACAACAACAAUUAUUCUACUGGGUUAGAUUCUGCUAGGAUAUAUAUCAUUUAUAUACUGUUUUAUACACAGUUUCAGAAGCUGUAUAUACUAUUGGUUAUUUCAAAAAGUCUUUCACAACUUUUAAUUUAAUUGGAUGACCCCCACAGAAACCAUGUAACCCAAGUACAUUGUUAUUUACUCUGUUGCACAAACACAAAAAGUGUUGUAUGGUUUUGAAUAACCAUGCACAUUUAACUUUGGACUGACUGAACACAUUGAUGACAGUGUAUUAAUAUGGCUGUCGAACCAAACACAUUUGUGCCAGUGAACGCUGAGGCUCUUGAGCUGGACAGAAAGACACAAUAUAAAAUAAAUAAAAUAAAUUUUAUUUAAAAUAAAUAAAAUAAAAGCAUCAUUGCACGAUUAAUGUUUGCCCGCUUUUGUUAGUCUUUCAAAAGACCAUUAAAUAUGCUGGGUUUUCUUUUUACAUUUAAAAUAAUUUAAAACACUUUGUAGUUACGCUUUAAGUUCACUUGAUAGCAUAGCAGCAUAACAUAGCAUGGCAAAAAACACUUCCACAGAGAGCAUACUGUAAAGGGAACAAAUAAAGGAACACAUGCAACUAGUGGACUGCACACCCCAACAAUGAACCAAUGCCUGAAGCGUAAUCAAGGGUUAUGGUAUACAUGAUAUAUAUGUCAUAACAAUACACUUUCAAUUUUCUUGUUAAUGCAAACUGUAUUUAUUUAAUUGUUCAUAGCUGUAUUCUGUGAGAUUUCUUAUGCUAUUAAUACUUUCUGUCAAUAAGGUUAAAAUGAUCAGAAUACAAAAUAUUUAAAGAACUUAAAUUGUCUCUUGUGUCAUGUCUUCCAG